UCUCUCUCUCUCUCUCUCCUCUCCUUAUCCACCACCCAAUUGCUGGUUUUGUAUGGAAGUUUCUUUUCUUUGACAUCCUGUGAUAGGACUUAUGGGUGAUUAGUGAAUUUAUUGUAGGUAAAGAAACUUAUGGUAUCUUGCCUCUCUUAUUCAUGUUUUGAUCUUAUGCAGUAAAAAAACUGCAACUCUGCUUUUCACUUUCCAACUAUUGGGAAUUUUUCUGCUCUGUGAGUGAUCACUCUUGCUUUUCGUGUAUUGGGUUUUCUUGAAUUCAGCUGAAUUGUUUGUGUAAUUUUUUUUUUCUUUUUUUGGGUUUUCUUUUCUGUCGGUGUUUAUUAGACCUGAAACCUGAAAUUGUUGAUUAAUGGCGGAAUUGGUGGGUCCUCGAUUGUACAGCUGUUGUAAUUGUCGAAACCGUGUUUCUCUUCAUGAUGAUAUAAUUUCUAAGGCUUUUCAGGGAAGAAAUGGCCGAGCAUUUCUGUUCUCCCACGCAAUGAAUAUUAUUGUGGGAGCUAAAGAAGAUAGGCAUCUUCUGACUGGUCUCCAUACCGUUGCUGAUAUUUAUUGUGCUGAUUGCCGUGAGGUUUUGGGUUGGAAGUAUGAGAGAGCUUAUGAGGCAUCUCAGAAAUACAAGGAAGGGAAAUACAUACUUGAGAAGUCAAAAAUUGUUAAGGAGAACUGGUAGCAACUUGCUUGGAUCCUCUUUGAUUUAUUCCACCAUUGAUUGUUAAGCAUAUAAUCCUUGGUAAUGUUUAUUUUGUACAGAAAUUGAUAAUGGAAUUGAAAUUUUCAUUGUUUGUCAAUGUUCA